CAAGAAAGGGGCAUCCCCAUUUAUAUUUCAUAUAAUAUGUUAUAAUAAAGAACAUAAAAGUAUUCAUAUUAUAGCUUCAUCAUUUAUUGUUAAAAUGGCUACUUCCGCAAAUUACAACGAGUACGAAGUGCUUGUCGAAUUGCAAGCAAGUGUACACAAUAAUGAGAAUAGUUUACCACCAUUUUAUCUGAGUCGACCGAAAAUACAGAAAGUCUACGCUUCCCAAAGUUGUGGAGGAAAUUACAGUGAUGCGCGUUUACUAUAUUUUAAAUUGCCGAAACCUUGCUCCUAUCCAAUAGAUUUGAAAAAGGGAUCUGAGCAACAUAUCUUCCGGCGACGUUGGGAGUUUUCAAAUAUGUUGGAUAUUACCCAAAAAUAUGUAUUGGACACAAAACAAAAUGUUCACCAACCGCAAGGCUCUGAAAACCAAACACCACAUCAGUCAUUAAAUACCGAGGACGACGUGUCAUAUCAGCAACGAGAAAAUUCAAAACGAAAAUUAGUUCUGAGUAACCGUGGGUGCUUAAGCAACAUCAUGGCUAUACCGUAUCGUUUGGAGGCAAAUACAUAUAACGACAGAACAUUUUUUGCUACACGGUAUUGUGGCGUUUUUCAUAUCUCUGACUGCAGAUGGAGAACUGAUAAUUCAAGCACCGUUAAAUUUCAUAGUAAAUUUCAGCAAACUUGUUUUUCUGAUAAUCCUGACAUGCAUCCCAAUACCGAUGUACCCGUAAAUGAUGAUGCAUUCAUUAGUGGAAUUUUUCAUUCCACCAUCAAAGAAUUUGAUCUAAUUUACUCUGGAGAAAUCAUGGGAAUAGUUUCAAAUCAUAAGAUUGAUGAUAUGCAAAAUAUAGAAAACAUUAACAAAUUGAGGUUUAUCAAUACAAAACUAUUUUGGAAAACAAGAUUGCCGGAUAUUUGGAAAGAUCCCAAAUGCUUGCUCUGGUGGCUUCAAUCAUAUUUGGCAAACACUGCAGAUAUAUCUGCCGGAUUGAAAGAGAGCGAUGGGUGCAUACAUAGCCCAAUACAGCUGAAGCCAGUAAAAAAUCUACCAAAAGAUCAAAAGUGGAAACCGCAUAUUUGCAUCCGAUUCCUGCUCACCAUGCUACAAUUAAUAGAAAAAUCCAUGUCUUCAGUUGAUUGUCCAUAUACUGUUUUUGAAUUUGUAUAUGACUCAUACGCAAAGUGUAUUAAAUUGAAAAAGCACAUUGGUAAAACGGAAUAUUCCUUCUUAACCGAAGAGUACAUAGAACGUUGCAGAAUACAAACAUCUAAGACAUGUUAAUCUACCAAUCUACCUAAAAGAAACUGUACCUAUUUUGUUAAAUUGAUUGUAACAUCAAAUGUUUACUAAAUUUAAGAAAAAUGUGUAUUUUUUAUUUGUAAUGCAUAAAUUUGAAUAAUAGGUGCAAAAUAAAGGUAAAUAAUGUUCUUAUAAA